UCUGAACAUACAGAACUGUUGCAGACCACCUCUAGUAAAGCUUGGAAGUCGUAUAUAUCAAAAUAUCUCAAAAAUAUAAGAUGGCCAGGACGACGGCGGUAAGGACAUAUGGACGGGCGCGGAGGACGAAAGCAGUGCUCAUAUCGCCUGACACGGCCCAACAAGCACCGUCAUCAACCAGUUAUUCAUAUGAAGAUAAAGAAAACCAAAAACCCGAUGCGAAGCCAAAACAAAAGGAGCUCAACUCCGUAUUGCCAGAUGAUGGUGAGGAGAACCUGGUGACCUUGACGGAGAGAAUCAAGGAGAUCCAAAUCAAGAAGCCGUGUGUAACAAUAACAACAACAACAACAACAAUCACCACCACCACCGAAACUAAACAACAACCAAGGAAAACAAAACGGAAACCCUCACCAGAGCCUCCCAGUACGCCAUGCAAAGUCAAGCCAGAGAAGGUGAGGCCAGUCGAGCCUCAUAGUCCAGCACCGUCUGAUCAGCCAAUCCUGUGCUGGGGCGAUGUCUGUCCGCCUGGUGACCGCAUCGAAAAGAUUGCCGAGGCAUCUUAUGCGGAGGUCUACCGCAUCAGCAACGAGCGCGGAACCAGCAUCAUCAAGGUCGUCCGUCUCGAAUCCCCCAUCAAGCCGCAGACCAAAGCCCAGGAAAAGUCGGGUCUGGUGGACGAGGAGCCGCAUGGCGAGGAUGACCUGGGCGGCGAGGUGCGCAUCUCGGAGUGGCUUGCCGACAUACCCGGCUUUGUGGUCUACAAAGAACGCUUUCUGGUCAAGGGCAAGGCAACCAAGGAGCUAUUGGAGACGCACCAAGUCUUCCAUCGCCGAAUGAAAAGGAAGGACCCAGACCGGCUGCAAUUCUACCCUUCACCAAGUCGAUACCUCCCCGAAACCAAGUUCCUGGUCCUCGAGCUUGGAGAUGCUGGUGUUUCUCUGGAGGACUUCAAAUUGGACUCGAUCAGUCAAGUAUGGGAUGUUCUGUUGCUGGUGGCCAUUGCACUGGCGAGGGCCGAGUAUCAGGUCGGCUUCGAGCACCGGGAUCUCCACGAGGGAAACCUCUGUGUGCGUCAAGUGCGGCCUCCUAAAACGAAAGAAGACCCAGCGUCACCUAUACACUUUGGCUAUUCCGGCCUCGAUAUCACGAUUCUAGACUACGGUCUCUCGCGGGCCCAAGACCCCGACAUGGAGGACCCCGAGCCGAUUGCGUUCGACCUCGAAAAGGAUCUCAGCCUCUUCACCAGCACGCACGCCCCACAGUGUAAGGUAUACCGCCAGAUGCGGUCGUACAUGAUCAAGGGCGACCGCGCCUACCUGCCACCGCGCUUCCACAACAAUCCGUACGACGGGGGGAGGAUAUCGUGGAGCGAGCAUCACCCCUUUACGAAUGUCCUGUGGCUGGCGUACGUAUACGAGUAUAUGGCAAAGCACUUUUGCGGCGACAAGCGGGACCUUGUGGCGUUUAAAAAGACCACGCGGGAGCUCUGGGAUCACCUCAACCCCGACGCGCCUCCGGAUGUGCAGUCUUUCUCCAGCGCCGCCGAUGUGGUGCGCUUUGUUGUCGAGGCUGGCUGGGUCACGGAAGCGCAGGUCACCAAUGGUCAUGGUGGAGGCGGAGAUGACGAGGACGAUUACCACGAGGCGAGCAUCAUCGAGGUGCAGGUCUCGGAUAGAGAUGACUCCAGGUUGCGGCGGUCACCUAGGCAGCGGCAGGACCCGUCACCUUGAUUCUUGACGAACCACUCUACGUCAGGUUUCUGCAUGUCUGGCUGUGGUUUCCAGCGUCACCGACCAUGAGCGUUGUCUACUUUCCGUGUUGCAUUGGGUCAUACACUAGCAUUUUCUUGUUGAGUCCCCUUUUUCUUGCAUGAUAUUACGAGGAACGAAUAGAUACUCCCGUUAAAGAGCGUGUUGAUAUUUUGAGGUCGAGAUAAUGUCGAUAGAGACGAUGUACAAACAGAGCAGCAAAUGACUUGACCGGCGACGGGUCGCAAGAGAUAUGAAACAUAAACGGAGAUAUGGAAGGGGCAGACUCGCGGUUACGUGAUGAUAUGUCUUUCUUUGGAACAAGGAGAUAGGACCGCGGAUUGCCCCGUAGCCUCCGUGCGCACAAUCUAAC